UGUUGGUCGGUGUCGCCCCUUCAUCUUCACCCCCUUCCUUCCUCCUGCCUUCCUUUCCACCUCCGACCUCCUCAACAUGGACGAUUACGACGUCGUCAUCGUCGGCGCCGGCAUUUCCGGCAUCAACGCGGCCUACCGCCUGCAGUCGCAGUUCCCCAACUUGCGCUAUGCCAUCCUCGAGGCGCGCACGUCGCUAGGAGGCACCUGGGACCUCUUCCGCUAUCCCGGAAUCCGCUCCGACUCGGACCUCUUCACCUUCGGCUUCGAGUGGUACCCCUGGGACCAGGACUGCGCCAUCGCCGACGGGCACGCGAUCGCGGCCUACGUGCGCAACGCGGCCCGCCACCACGGCAUCGACCAGAAGAUCCAGUACGAGCAGCGCAUGCUGGGCGCAGACUGGUCGACAGAGGACCGCACCUGGACGCUGAGCGUCGAUCACCAGGGCCAGGUGCGGUCGGUCUCGGCCCGGAUGGUCAUCUUCGGAACGGGCUACUACGAUUACAACACGCCGCUGCAGACCGAAAUCCCGGGGCUGAACAACUUCGAGGGCCAGGUCAUCCACCCGCAAUUCUGGCCCCAGGACUUGGAUUACACAGGCAAGAAGAUGGUCGUCAUCGGCAGCGGCGCCACUGCGAUCACGCUGCUGCCCAAGCUGGCAGAAAAGGCGUCCCACGUCACGAUGCUGCAGCGGUCGCCCACGUACAUCCUGUCGCUGCCCAACAACCAGCGCACCUGGCUCAGCUACAUCCUGCCGACGGCGCUGUACCGCAAGAUGCAGCGCAUCAGCUGGAUGAUGACCUCGCGCUGGUUCUUCCUCUUCUGCCAGUCCUUCCCGUCGGUCGCGCGCUUCAUCCUCCGCCUGCAGGUCUGGCGGCAGCUGCCCAAGGGCGUGCCCUUCGAGCCGCACUUCCGCCCGCGCUACAACCCCUGGGAUCAGCGACUGUGUGUCAGCCCCGACGGGGAUUUCUUCAAGAGUCUCCACGAGGGGCGGGCCUCCAUCGCGACCGACACCAUCCGGGAAGUCACCAAGACCGGCAUCUCCAUCAGCUCCGGCCAGCACCUCGAGGCGGACAUGAUCGUGACCGCGACGGGGCUGCGGCUGCAGGUCGCGGGCGGCGCGUCGCUGACCGUCGACGGGGAGCCGCUGCACAUCGCAGACAAGUUCCUCUGGCACGGCCUGAUGCUGCAAGACCUGCCGAACGCGAUCUUCGUGCUCGGGUACGCCAACGCGUCGUGGACGCUCGGCGCCGACGCCACCGCCCUCUUCGCGUGCCGUCUACUCCGCGAGCUGGAGCGGCGCGGCGCGCAGGCAGCUGUGCCGCGCCUGACCCCGAAACAGGCAGCGCAGCUGAAGCCGCAGCCGCUGCUGACGAUCAACUCGACGUACGUGCUCACGGCGGCGGACUCGCUGCCCAAGGCGGGUGACAGCGGGCCGUGGAAGCCGCGGAACAACUACCUUGAGGAUGUGAAGUUUGCGCGGAAUGGGAAUGUGGAUGAGGCGAUGGAGUUUGUGGGGGAGAAGAAGGUGCAGUAACUGAUGAU